AUAUGUGUGCAUAGUGUGUAACUACACCUACUGUGCAUCAUAUUUCCACCCCACCCUAAAUAAAAAAAAUAAUUAUUCUUGCCUAACCUGUCCUAUCUACUUCACACACCGGCAUCGGCUAUGAACAGGAACCAGAAUGGGCCUCCUGGGAGGAGAAAUAACUGUUAACAACUGUACACCCUACAAAUGGACCGCCUGCAUCGAGACCCAGACACCAUGGCUGUUUCCUGACAGAUACACUACACUUGAUAUUCAACCUCACAAAAAAACACGGCAGUACCAGAGGGAUUUGAUUAAAUGGGGCAAAGCCAUCUACUUGAAAGUGAAAUACGGGCAGUGCUCAGAGACAGAGUGCAAAACAGAUCCAGAUUUGUGGUACUUAUUCAAUCCAAGAGAUGACCCUUGUUUCACAAUUCGAGAGAGUGGAGACCACUGGUACAUACAUCUGGACUGCAAUGUAAAUUAUGAGGACAAGAAAUCAACAUGCCCAAAUUAUGAGAAAAUCAAAGAUGAUGCACGAGAGGAGGAGCAAAAACGAAGACAAGAUGAAGAGCAGCGACGACAGGCGCAGCUUGAACGUGAAAGAAGAAUUGAGGAACAGAUUAAAAGAGAAAGUGAGCUCGCUGAGAAGAAGCUUUCACAGGCAAAAGAGACGCUGAAGCAGAAAGCAGAAGCACUAAAUCAUCGGCUGAGAGGCCAUGAGCUCCAUCACCAAACUCAUGUAAUACAACAGACUUUGGAGGCUGAAAUUGAAAUAGAUGAGGUUACAGAAAUAGAGAAGAAAUUCUCAGCGCUCCUGUGUGAAUAUCAAAUAACUGAUGAGGAAGACUCAGAGGAGACAUUAGAAUACAGGAUGAAAACCCUACAAAAUGAGUUAAUGGUGGAGUACUGUAAGAAACACGACCUGACCAGUAGCUGUGUGUUUUCUUUCGACACUGCAGUUGGUUAUGAGACUUUGCCUCUACGUGAUAGACUGACAGUGCUCGAGACAGUACUGCAGUUAGUUUUUGAGGAGGAUGAACACGACCACACACAUAAACAUGAUCAGGAUUUCCUCUUGGAUGUGCUCGAACUGUUGCAAGACGAUCAUCCAUCACUCGGGUUUAAUCUUUUACAGAAUGUUCUUCAAACUGAUAUGAAACUUUCUACAGAGAGUAAAGAAAUUCUGUGUCAGAUUGCGUUCAACAACACAUGGAAACUGGCAGAAAUAACAGAUUUCAUGCGUUAUGUUGUCAGGAAUGACAAAGACAAAGACCAAGUGCAGGCAAUACUUCACAUUGCACAGACCUACAAGUUGGAGUAUGGGAAUGUCCUCAAUGCUUUAGAUAAAUCUGAUCCCCUCAUAUGGCUGAAAGGGUAUGUUGACACAGAGAGACACAAAAAUGCUGAUACUAUUAUUAGUGAAAUGCGCAACUCAAACUACCCUGAGAAUGUCCUGACAAUACUACAGGAUGUUCUGGUUUAUCUAGAAACAGAGCUUCCAAAAUACAAAAGAACUCAUCUCCAUAAAAAUGACAUUCAGAGUGUAAAGAAAAUGGUUAAAGAACUGAAUUUUACCAACCCAGACAGACACGUUCUCAAAAGUGUACUAGUGCAAAUGUCACUCGCAGUAAAAAUGUGCUCUGCUGUCACUAUUCAAAAGGGUAACGAGGAAAAAGUCAUUGAAGGAUAUCUUCCCAGAUUAACUCAAAUUGCAGCCCUGGUGGUUUUCCUGCUUCCAAAAUCAAAAACCAACACAGGUUGUCUUCUUGAAAUUGGGACAGGUGAAGGGAAAUCUUGUAUAUUAGCCAUGCUUGCUGUGAUCCAAGCCAUGCGUGGUGUGAAGGUGGACAUUGUGACCAGCUCUCCGGUACUCGCCCGUCGUGAUUUAGAGGAAUGGAGCAAACUUUACAAGAUGUUCGACAUAACCUCAUCUGCUGUUCCUCCAGUGCUGAAUGAUGUCUCAUCUGAAGAACUAGAGGAACUGACUCAGGAAGCAUACAAACAAGAUGUAGUGUAUAGUACUGUUGGAACUUUUGCAGCAGAUACACUGAAACAAGAGUUUGAGAAGAAAACAACUCGAGGAGACAGAAGGUUUGAGAUGGUCCUUGUGGAUGAGGUUGACUACAUGACCUUGGAUAAUGGAGUUCAAAUAACAUUUCUGUCCCAUGAGUCCAGUGGACUCCAACAUUUGGAACAAGUCCUAGCAAGCAUCUGGGCCAUAAUAUCUGCAUGUCGACCAAUUGAAGAAGAAGAAACUGGAGAGACCAUGUGGACAACAAGAGUCCAGAGUUUUCACACAGCUGCCCUGAUAGCAAUGAUUGGUUCAGAUAAAAAUGAUAGAUUUUCACCACUGGAAAUUCUGUUGCCAGGCAUUGAAUUAGGCUUUUACUCAGAGGAAGAUUUUGAAAAUUUGAAGAUUUCUAUUAAUGAAGAAGGAGAAAAGAAACAUGGAGACAUUGAAAAUGAGGCAUGGAAGACCAUCAUGGCCAAGACAGGAAUAGAACAACAAUAUGAUUUGCUCAAUGUUCUUGAGAUGGGGAUGGAGGACAAGGUGGCAUUUAACUGUUAUGUUUAUCAGCCGGAAACAAGAAAUGUGACUCAGUUUGGAGAGCAAAAGACAAAAACUGACCAAAACAUCAACAUGCUGCUACUUGAGAAUGGAAAAGCUUGUGAGAUGCUGUCAGAAAAUCUGCUCAUUGAAGCCACUGUUAGCCAGUUGAAAUCCAAAAUUAAAUACUCUCAACAAUGUAGUUCAGAAGAAGAUAAAGAAUCGCUUGUAAUCCCUUCUUUCUUAGAGAAAUACCUGGAAAAGCAGCUGCCACUGUUUGUUGAGAAUGCAUUGAAGGCCAUUCAGAUGACCAAAGGCAGAGAGUACAUGAUUGAGAGAUCUCUAAAAGCUCAGGGAAAAUAUGUUGAUGAAGAUGAUCAACACAUGUACCAUGCAAUAAUCCCAGUGGACUUUCAGGCUAGUGGAAUGCUGGAGAAAAGAAAACGAUGGGGUGAUGGACUACAACAAUUUCUGGAGAUGAAGCAUCAACUAACUUUAUCUCCAUUAUCAAAUGUGACAAACUACAUGUCUAAUUCAAAUUUCUUUAAAAGAUAUCUCAUGGGGAAAGGGAUAUUUGGUGUUUCUGGAACACUAGGUGGAGAUGCAGACAAGGGUUUCCUGACAAGACAUUACAAAACGGAUAGCUAUGUCAUACCACGUCAUCAACGUCAGAAGGUUACUGAGCUGCCUGCAGUACAAGUGAGGGGAGGUACCGACCUGUGGAUCCAAACUAUUUGUGCCACAGUAUCAAAAGUCUCUAAACGAGGACAGGUGGUGUUAGUCGUGUGUGAGGACGUCAACACAGCAAAUGCGCUCAAUGACAAAAUUGGAUCAGAAACUAAACAUUCAGUUACCAUGUACACGAUGAGCGAGUGCCACAACAUUGAGAACCAGGAGUUCGACAAGGGACGGAUCAUUAUUACCACUAACCUUGGAGGACGUGGGACAGACAUUAAGGUCACAGAAGAGGUUAACCGCUGCGGUGGUCUCUUUGUGCUACUCACGUACUUCCCCAAUAACCGAAGAGUUGAGAAACAAGUGUUUGGACGAACAGGUCGAAAAGGCACCCCAGGGAUGGUCCAGGUAAUACUGAACCAUGAUUGUCUGGCCAUGGCCUACCGAGGCCAUACUAUUGAAGUCAUGAGGGAACUGAGAGAAGAAUAUGAAGUUAAUCGAAUAAAAGACAUGGAGAAGGAGAAACUAGCUGAAAUUGAAAUGAAGGAAGAGCUGUUCUCUACAUUUUGUCAGUUCCUUAGUGACUUUGACAAGCAUUAUAGUACAAUAGAGAAGAUAGACCUCUUUGAAGUGAAAAUAAAAGAUGUCCAUCGUUCCUUUGAAUAUUUUCACUGUAAGAUGGACUAUCACCCAGCACUGAAUGCUUUGAAGGAAUCAUGGGGUAUAUGGCUGAUACUUCAUACAGACCAGAUUAACAUACACAGAGACCUUACACACCUGAAAGAAGACCUAAUCCAGAACUUGCAGGAUACAAGUAAGAAACUUUUACAAGGACACAGUGAAAACUUUUAUGACCACAUCCAGCAGGCUUUAGGAAGAACUGCCUUGCACCUUCAAAACAAAAAUAAAUGUGACUAUGGAGCGAAAUCUUACUGGAAAAAAGCCUCUGACUCAGACAACUACUACAGAGCUGUUGCACUGUAUAAUUAGGCGUACAUUACCAUUAACCUUGCCAAAGAGGGCUAC